AUGAUGACUUUAAAUCAAAUGGUCACGAAGGACUCCGCCCUUCCAGCUAAAGUAGAUCACUCCCGCCUGUGGACCUUGCAGAUGAUCGAUGAAGGUGUGCCUCCCAAAAACCGUGGCACCCUUCCGGUCCCUCAUUCGAAUGCCCAAUCCCCUCACCAAUCAUCUCCCGCUCCUCAAGCUCCUGAUACCAAUGCUCCCGCUCCUCAAGUUCCUGAUGCCAAUGCUCCCGCUGCUCGAGUUCCUGAUGCCAAUGCUCCCGCUCCUCAAGUUCCUGAUAAUGAUGAACUCAACUCUGAAUGGGUCCAGCGAGAUGAUGUGUAA